UUCCUCUCCCUUUAUUUGAGAGACUGCAGGUGUUGCUGUCUGCUUGUGAGUAAGAGAGAGAGGAGAACACAGCAUUCUCAUCUCCCCCCUCAGGUUUUCCCUGUCUCCCUGUUCCUUGUCAACCCUUUCCUCCCUCCCGGACCAGCACCCAUCUCAAACCGGACUGACCCAAACCUUCCCGGACCCUCCACCCACCACAAUCCUUUGGGACACCUCCUAAACUUCACUAUGCCUUCUGAACCAGAGCUCUCCUUUGUGUGUUUUGAGUCGAAGUGCUGAGCGUUUAGUGUAAGGAGACUGCUACUGCGUUUGGUUGCAUGCGUUUCCAAACUUGGCUGAGCUGCAGAGGGACUGGUCGAUGAGCUAAAAUUGUUCAAGUGAAACCUCAUUCCAACAACAGAUUUUAAAAAGACUGCUUGAAGUGUGAAGGCGCAAGGUCACAUGACCUGGAAGAGAAAACCCAAGGGGCCUUUGGGAUCACUCAGUGAGUGGGCUGAAUUUCAACCUGGAAAUAAGUCUAACGGCUGAUGAAUUAAUCCCCUGCAAAGGUCACCUCAACAUCCUACCUUCCUAUAUCUACAUUUAUCCUUAUGCUCAGAGCCUAGCCGCUGGGUGCAGCAUUGGGAGAUUUGGAAGCAGCUGGCAGCAGAUUGUAUCCCCGUCAUGAUCUUGUUCCUCUCUCUAUCUCAGGUUUAGGGUGACUUUCUUCCACACUCAUCUUGUCCCAAGGACUCCUGUAUAGUGACCACACUCCUGCUUGACCUCACCACACAAAAUGGAAUCCAAAGUCUCAGAAAGCGGCCUAAACGUUACCCUCACCAUCCGACUGCUUAUGCAUGGCAAAGAAGUUGGAAGUAUUAUUGGCAAGAAAGGAGAAACAGUAAAGAAAAUGCGUGAAGAGAGUGGAGCACGGAUCAAUAUCUCUGAAGGAAACUGUCCGGAGAGAAUCGUCACUAUCACUGGCCCCACUGAUGCAAUAUUUAAGGCCUUCGCAAUGAUAGCUUACAAGUUUGAAGAGGACAUCAUUAACUCAAUGAGUAACAGCCCUGCUACCAGCAAACCUCCCGUGACUCUUCGAUUGGUGGUGCCUGCUAGUCAGUGCGGAUCACUGAUUGGGAAAGGAGGAUCCAAAAUAAAGGAAAUUAGAGAGUCAACAGGAGCCCAAGUUCAGGUGGCAGGGGAUAUGUUACCCAAUUCAACCGAGCGCGCUGUGACAGUCUCUGGAACCCCCGACGCCAUCAUUCAGUGUGUUAAACAGAUAUGUGUGGUCAUGUUGGAGUCCCCACCGAAAGGUGCCACCAUCCCCUAUCGCCCAAAGCCCGCCUCCACCCCCGUCAUUUUUUCAGGUGGCCAGGUAAGAGCCGACCCGCUGGCGGCGUCCGCAGCCAACCUCAGCCUUUUACUGCAGCACCAGCCACUGCCUGCCUACACAAUUCAGGGACAGUAUGCCAUUCCACAUCCAGAUCAGUUGACCAAGCUCCACCAGUUGGCUAUGCAGCAAACCCCUUUUACUCCCCUUGGACAGACCACCCCUGCUUUCCCUGGUAUGGAUGCCAAUCCCCAGGCCGGUACUCAUGAACUCACCAUUCCCAAUGAUUUAAUAGGCUGCAUAAUCGGGCGCCAGGGAACCAAAAUCAACGAGAUCCGUCAGAUGUCUGGAGCGCAGAUCAAAAUUGCUAAUGCCAUGGAAGGCUCAGCGGAGCGUCAAAUCUCCAUUACAGGAUCCCUCGCCAGCAUAAGCCUCGCCCAGUACCUCAUUAACGCAAGGCUGACGUCUGAGGUCACUGGAAUGGGCACCCUCUAAUUUCUACCCACGAUCCUUCACUGCAUCACCUGACCCUCCUGAGCCAAUGGCAUUGCACCUAGUUUGUUCUCUCUGUAUUCUGCUGUCCUGCAUUUUGAGUGAUAAUUACUUAUUUAUAUAAUAUAAUCUAUACUUAUACAUAUUUAAAUACCCCAGUUCAGUGUCCCUUCUCCCAUACCCAGAAUUGUUAACAAAUGCCCCAUACCUGAUUGUCCAUUGUUUUGAAUAAGACUGUUCUUUUUUGACUCUCUAGUACCAUACUUGACAAUAGUGGUCACUGCAUAAACAUCCUUUUUGCUGUUUUCUAUUUGUGUUGUGCGCUGCAGACAUGAUUGCUAAUUCUUUUGCACUAUUUGGCGCAGCUUGGCAAAGAAUGAUACAAUAUUGCCAUAGAAUAAUUCAUAAUUUUUUUCAAACCACAGAUCACACAGAUACCUUAUAGCCUGUAUAUAUCAAACAUACAUACAAAAUGGAUAGUCAGAGCAUGUCUGUGUUGUGUAUGCAAGCAGGUAUGUACUGUAUAAGGGAUGAAGUCCAAUAAUUGGGUUUAUAUUUGUGUUCAUUUGCUUUUUCAUUUAAACGAUAGCAGUCCAAUCAGACUUGAGGACAUAUUACAUGUAUUUGGAAACAACUGAGCCCUAAAAUUACUUAUCUCCUUGUAAAUGUGAUGUGGUCAAUAUAGCAGCUAUAUCCUAGUGUAGCCUCGCAAAAAGAUACCCAUUCAAUGUAAGGCUUUAAUGUAGUGAAACUGGUCCCUUGUUAUAAAAUGCAAAAUGCCUUCCAACAAGAAAACUGUAGCUGAAUCCCACAUUCUUGACUCCCCUUUACCCAUUGUAUACAUACAGUAUAACAGUAUACCUACAUCCGCGCAGCCAUGCACAAGAAGAUGGAAACAAUAUCAGUGCAUCCUUUCAUAGAAAUCUAGAAAUCUUUAGGUGUUACCAGUUAUGAUCCCGAAUAAAUAUACUGUACUGUACUAUAGCUUAUACAAUCGGACUGAACCAAAUGUUUUAGGGCUGUGGAAUGUUUAAAGGUUCGGUUCAGAACCCAGGGAGGUAGGUUUGGACUUUUUUUUUUUUUUUCAAACUGGUCUUCAUACCUCUCGCACAUGAUUGUUUCUUUUCUUUUUUUGAUUUUUGCUUUUAUAAUUAAUAAGAUGUUAUUUUCUUUUCAAAUAAGCUGCGUUGAUGACGAGCACUGAACAAUGUGUUUGCGAUUUCAGACUUUGUCAUUUCUUUCCUGGUCUCUUUACUGGCCCUCCGUGCUCACUGAGCUGGUAUUGACAGGCAGUGGCUAUGAGCUGUGCAUCGUUGGCUAGUAAAGUGACAGAAGGGGGCUGCUCAUUUGGCCUCUUUGAAAAGGACCCGAGCUAGUCUUCCACACGUUGCUUUGAGAAAGAACCAACAAGGUAAAUGAAUGUAGCACCUUCAGUAGUUUAAUGAGAAUUUAACAUCAGUUUGGAAGCAGAUAUUGUGUGAAACUACAUUGUUUUAGAGUUUAAAAAAUGUCUUAUGUGGCAAUGUGUCCCAGCCCAGGCUGGUUUGCACCCUUGAAUUAGUGACCCAGACACAAGAACUGCAGGUUUAAGCACUUUCCUACAAUUUUAUUAUUCACAAAACUAAAUAAUAAAAUAAAAACCUAACUCCCCUUGGAAUACUAACUAACAUUUUCAAAUCCCUCACUAUAAGCCGGACAGCUAAGUCAUUUACCAGUCACAAAAACUCACACCGUACCUUUUUGACCACACAGGCCUCUUUACAGGCUUCUCACAGACAGUACAGGACUCUGUAUAAAGUGGUUGUCUUUUAAGGUGCAGCCUCAGUCUGGCAGAACUAAAAUCUAGUUAAAGUCAACUAUUACAAACAUGAUUAAAACUCUUUAUUUAUUAAUAUUAGUUUAUGCACUAGCUCUCCUGCCUUUCAUCUCAGGGUCCAUGAAGUAAAUGUGGUGGUCCCAACUAAGCCCAUAAUGUGCAUUGGUCUGCAUUACAAAACCACCACCCAAUUUGACACAAUUCAGUCAGCUUGAGGUACACAUGUGAUAGAUGUUCAGGUGACGGAGCUGUGAGGAGAAGCCAGAGUCACUGUCCCUCUCCUUUCAUGAGUGCUAAACUCAUAUACGGAUAUAGUAUAGAAAAUAUUACAGUGGAACGUCGCAUAUCCGAACGUCACAUAACCGCUCUGAUGAAUUAACCGCCUUGCUAAAUAAAUAAAUAAAUAAAUAUUAAAAUUAGGCUACGAGAGUAAUGGUAUUGGCAGCAAGUGCAGCGUCCGUGAUGGAAACAGAAAGAAAGCGUUAAAACAAUCAGCCUUUUGGUGACUGACUGGUGUGUCAGUCAGCUGUGUGUAGAGGUGACGUUUCAAUGCACCAGUUGAGAAAGCUUUGUGUUUUACUCUUUUUUUGUUCAAUGUGUUUAUAUGACGGAGUUCACAGUUGCAGAUAUUGGCAGCGUGUUGUUGUAGCUUUUAAAUGCAUUUUAAUUAAACAAAGCAAGCUUCAUAAACGCAAUGCUUACCGGCUGUUUGUUUAAAAUAGCCGAAGCAAAAUUCAAACCGAGCUGCUUAUCGGCUGUUGGCAAUAUCAAGAAAGAGCACAAAGUACCGAGACAGACAUAUUAAGAAUGCAGAACCAGUGAGGCAGGGACUUCUAGAGUUAAGAAAGAAGCCAUCAGUUGCAGGUUACUGUACAGUUAAAAUGUAAUUUGAAGCGAUCUCUAUUUAACAAAUCAUCAAUCGUUCAGAUGAAAACCCAUGCAUAGUGCAGUAUGUACAAUUUUACAGAGAUCGCAUUAAGCCAUUAAUCUGGGUCUAAGGGACAAUGUCUAUAGAAGGGUAAAUAUUAUUCAUAUAGUGGAACUGCACAUGGUUUGAAAAUAAUAUUUUAAAAAUGUUUGGACUAUACAUCUAAGGUUCUUUGUAACUGCCCUUCCCCUUUCCUUUUCUUUGAAUUCAUAGGGGGCUUUCUUUUAAUGUAAAAAUGUAUUACGAUGUUCAGAAGCUGUAUUAUGAAGUUCUGAUGCAUGAGUUUCAGUAUGAGUUCAUUUAUGUAACCGCUCUCUCUUUUGUUCCACUUUUCCAUGAACACUUUUGUUUUCCUGUAUUAGAGCAGCAAAGAAAUGAUCCUGUUAUGUAUGUGCUUAUGUAUCUUCUGCUGUCAGAAAUUGUAACGAGUUUGUUUGUUAUUUUUAGUUUAAUGACAUGCUGCUUGCAGAUCUAUAUUAGAUUUAAAUGAUUGAGAUUAGAUACCCUUUUAAAUGUUUUGUAAAAAAGAAAAAUAAACUUUCUUUGUCCCUAG